AUGGACCGUCCUCAGGUCUUCUCUGCUGUCUCGACCUCAGUCCGCCAGCUCUUCCUUGUCCUUCGAUGCAUUUCGUUUGCGCCAAAGGCAGAAGUCAGGAUUUCACGGGAAGGUAUCCGUUUCUGUGUCGACGAAGCAAGAGUCAUACAGGGCAUCACGUCCUUGGAGAAGUCCCUGUUCACAUCGUACGACCUACGCAUUGAUGACGAGGACGCUUCUAGCCUCCCACCUUUCGAAAUUAGCAUGCCUGCGCUGCUAGAAACCUUGCAGAUCUUCGGUCUGUCUGAAAACAGCUACAAGAGCUCCGGCGGUGGAUUCUCCUCUUCGGCCACCAACGCAUUCACAACCCCGGCCCUGGCUCUAGCGGGCUCAUGUCGCCUAACGUAUGCAGAAACUGGCGCUCCUCUGAGCAUCACCAUUGCUGAAGGCCCUGUCACGACAACAGCAGAGCUCAGCACAUAUGCAUUAGCUGCAGUUUACGAGGAUGACAGUGCCAUUCCACUCGACCGCACUUCCCUGUGUCUGAAAACCAUCAUGCCCAGCUCGUUCUUGUCGGAUGCCAUUGCAGAGCUUUCUGGUACCAAUCCUGACGUGUUGUUGCUAAAUGUUUCUGGACGCUCGGCGCCUUACUUGUCACUUGAAGGAUUGGGUGGGAGUCUCGGAGAUGCAGUUGUUGAGUAUCUAUCAGAAUCAAAGGAGCCAGGCUCAUCGCGGAAUCGAAAACAGCCUUCUGUUACCGAGACAUUCGUUGUAACCCCUACACCAGACACCCAUGGCCGAAUCAAGACGAGGUAUAAGUUUGAUCUGAUCAAGAAGGCCGGUCGUGCAAUGCAAUUGGCUACCAAGGUCUCGGUAAGACAGGACGGGGGAGGUGUAUUAAGCCUCCAAUUCCUGGUCGAUUCUGUUCAGACAAGCUUUGGCAGCGGCAUUCAAGCUCCGCAAGGAGGAAGCAAUCCGCUCUUCAUUGAAUUCAGACUUCUUCCUCUGGUUGAUGAGGAAAGUGAGGUGGAAAUGACUGAAGACCAAUCUGAGGACAGCGACUAA